AUAUAGUUAAAUAUGUACUUCCAAUUAGGAAUAGUGGUUAUCCUACACGUCAAGAAAUCCUUUCUAACUACAGUAAGAAGAUCGAAAAUUAUUCAUUGAUCCUAUCAUACAGAUCGUUGCAUGCAAUGAUAAAGAAUUUUACAGGUCUCCAUGGUUACCCAUAAACAGUUGCUAUGUCAAGUGCCUUGGAUUUGUAAACGUUUGGUUAUAAUGAGGGGAAUAUUAGCCGCUAAAAAAUCGUCUAAGAAGUUUAAAGCUGUAGAGUAUUAACCUUUUUUUAUUUAGUGCAUGUUUGGUUUAGCUUAGCAUGUCUGAAGCACCUGAAACAGAAUCUGAGGUGUUUACCUCAGAACCAGUGACAGGGGAUGAGUUCUCCAAAUCAGAUAUCACUCAGCCAGUCAGCCUGACAACAGAUUUUGCAGAAUCCGAUGCACACUUGACGGAUGAGGCUGCCACUGCUCCUAAAGGAGAUGAACAUAAAACAUCAAGAACAUCAAGUAAAAAAACAGAAAUAAAUGAGCCAGAGACUCCUGAGGUAGAGAAAGUAAAGAAAGAAAAAGAUAAGAAAGAGAAAGGUGGAAAAGUUAAGAAAGAUAAAGGUGAAAAAGGUAAGAAAAAGAAGGUGAAAGUAGAAGAACCCAAAGUGGAAGAAGAGGCCACGGUCACUUCUCUUAGCAGCAAUGCAACUAUGGAAGUAGAAAAUGAGUUCAAAAAGAUUUUCCGCAUGAAAAGGAUGUUCUUGGAAGGAAGUUCAACGACUCCCACUGCCAGGCACACACCUCAAUCAAUUUCUGAAGAAUCUGCCAGUUCAAAAGAAGAUGUUACCAAGAAAGAAAAAUCACAGGAAUCAUUGGAUGAAGAUUUUAAUUUUGAAGAAAAUCAUGAAUUUUGUAUAACUGCAUUGGAGGGAAACCCCGACAUCCCAGCAGACUUGAAUGUGGUUGUUCACACUUUACUUCAAAAAUACAAGCAUGCUCUUGAGAAAAACAAAAAGGGGAAAGAAAAAGCAGAGGCUGAUCUUAUUAGCAAUACAGAGAAACUGAAGAAAGAUUUACAGGCAUCACAUGAAAUGAAGAAAGAAUUAAAAGAAUUGAAAGCAAAAUAUGAAACUUCGGAAACGACAAUUGCAAAUCUUAAAAAACAACUUGAUGAAUCCUAUGCUCGUGAGCAUGAUCUAAUUGAUGACCGCAAUUUAGCUUUGAAAAAAGUUGAAUAUUUGAACAGUGAAUUGGAAAGUAGGCAAGCAGAGGAUCAGUUAAGGGAACAGGGCUUUGAAGUUACUGCUAAAACACGUGAGAGUUUCACCAAAGAAAUAACCAGGCUCAAGCAAGAUUUGGAUUUGAGCGAGAGCAGAUUGCAGCUUUGUUUACAAGACUUAGAAGAACUCCAAAAAAAGUACCAAGAAAAAGAGUCUGAAUGUGUGGAAUUAGAAGGAAUGUUAAAAGGAAACAAAUACAGUGUUUUGAAAGAAAUACAGAAAUCAAAGAUUUUACAAGCUGAUUUGGAAAGAGUUACUGAAGAAAUGAGGAAUUUGAAAUUGACUGUUGCUAAACACUACAAAACAUUCAAGAAUGCAAGUCAGGAGUUAGUUAAAAUGGAUGAGGAAGUUUUUGAAUUACGGAAAACAAAUAGAGAGCUGUUACACCAGAAUGAAGGCAUGGUUAAACUAACGAAAGAACUGAAGGAACGCUUAGAAUUAGGAGAAAAAAAAUAUUCUAAAAUUGAUGAUGAGUACAAGCGGUUGAAAAACAUGAGUGCUAAUCAAACUGGCAGCCUAGGCAUCAUAAAAAAGAAGUCUGUUGGAGUAGAAAAAAUCCGAGAGGUAUGGCUAAACAGGAUCAUCAGUGCUGAUAAAAAAAAGAAUAAAGCCAUUAAAGAUGCGCAAUUCCUCUAUCAUCAAAUGAAGGACAUGUCUCAUGAAGAGAAGAAAACAAGACUGUCAAUAAUAAAAUUAAAUAGAACAAUUUCCAAUCUUAAAAGGGAGAACAUGAUACUAUCUAAACAAUUGAAAAAUUUACAUGUUGUCGUCGAUCAACAACAAAAACAAGCCGAUGAACGAAAUCAAACUUUACAGCAAGUGACAGAAGAGUCCAAUAAAAUUAAAGCUGAAAAAGAUGUUCAAGAAAAAGCUCUUAAUAAAUUUUUCAGAAUCAAAGAAAAGGACAUGAAAGAAAAAAUGAUUCUGGAGCAAAGUUUUGAAAAAAUGAAAGCUGACUUUGCUGUAACUUCACUGGAUAACUCGAGGCUGCGCAAGGAACUGGAUGAGAAGAACGCAGAUAUGAAGCAAAUGGAAAACUCAUUCCAUUCUCUAACAACAGAGAAGAAAUAUCUUUAUAAGAGGCUACUCGAGUCUCAGGGACAGAUAACAGAUUUACAGAGUAAAUCUAAGUAUAUUUUUCAAGAAAUGGAAUUAGUAAAAGAUCAGUUGCAUAAAAAACAGCUAGAAUAUGAAAAACUGCAAACCAGUAACAGAAAAGAUGUAUUUACAAAGGACACUAUGAUAUUUAAACUAGAUAGCUGCAUGGAUAACAGAAAAACUCUCUUGAAAACAAUAGAAGAAAAAGAUAUGGAAAUAAAACAACAAAUUGACGUAAUAAUAAAAAGGGAUGAUCAUAUAAAAGAACUUCAACUGGAAUUAGAAACGCUGAAAAGACAAUCGGGGGAUUUGAAAACAGUAAUACAAAAGAGAAAUGCAGAGUUAUCAUUAGUAUAUGAGAAAACGCAUCUAAUGACAUACAUUUUAAAUAAUGGAGAAGAACAAUAUCAACAAAGGCUGAAAGACAUUGAGCUAUUGAAAAAAGAAGUCAGAAAACUCAGGGCUGACAAGAAGCUUCUGAUAAGUCUUGCUGAAAAUACUCCAAACCUUAGGUUGGAGAUGUUCCAUCUGCAUAAAGACUUAUCAAAAGAACGUCAAAAAUGUCGAGCAUUGGAGGAACAAAUGGAAAAUCCUCUAAAUAUACACCGUUGGAGGCUUUUAGAGGGGAAAGAUCCUGAGAAAAAAGACUUAAUAGAAAAAAAUCAGAUCCUUCAAAAGAAAUUACUGCGAGUUGAGGAGGACAACGGGAUCAUCAGGGAACAGUGUGCCAGCAUGGAGAUGCUUUAUCUCAAUAUGAGGACUUACCUCAAUAAUCUUCCGGGGAGAGACGCAGCGCAAUAUUUGGAGACGGCCAGGCGCAAUCUGAGGGACAAAACCAGAGAGAACAAGGUGCUGUCUGCAGAGCUCUCUGCUUAUGAGAACGAGCUAGCACGCCUUAAAAAACAGAUGGAAGAUAUAAAACGAGGAUCUAAUGAAAUAAAGGAAAAAUAUUAUGAAAUCAAAAAAAAAUGUGGUCAGAAAAUAAUAAACAAUAACCACGAAAUGAGAUAUGAGUCAUCGAAUUCAGAGCUCCAAAAACGAGAAGUUAGAAAACCAAGAAUAUCAAAUCGAAUUGGAGUAAAGUAUAUUCAGAAGCCGUCUAAAGAAAUAAAAUAA